GGUGUCAUUACCAGAAAUAUACCAUAUAAUAAUAAUAACAAUAAUGGAGGAAGGGGUAAAAGAGCCCCUAGAACUUGCAAACUCUUACAGAGUAUGCCAUUGGUCAGAUCACGGUCAGACGUACAGUAUAGAAAGCGGUCAUUGGCUGUUGUACCAAGUUACCUUAAAACAACAUGGCGGCCUACACGAGAAACUACAAACAGGAUGACAACGUCGAAAGUGAAAGUAGCAUGUCACAAAAUGAUGGCAUGCAAACUUCAACAAACCACCGAGACAGUGAAGCUGCUCGGCACAGCAUGUUUGCCCACAUAGCAGCCAGCAAAGCGAUGAUCAAAAGCCAGCAACGAGGCGAAGAAGACCUCAGCCCAAAAGAGAAAAUAAGCAUCCUGACAGAACUCCUGGACCACAAGCCGGCCAUCUUUCUGGAACGCUUCCAUGGUUUCCUUCGCGAGGAAGAUCUGGACAUCUUCCAGGAUCUGGUCGGGGACUAUGAGAUAGACUUCUACCUGAACGAGGUGAGCAAAAGGCUGAACGCCAGGAAAUUGCUCACUGGGGUGAGAAACCGCCGCUAUGAAGCGCUCAAACAACUCGAGAGAGAGGGCACCUACUUUGAGGACAAGGCCAUGAAAGAUCGAGAUCCACUGAUGUUUGAGGAGUACGUUGGACAGUAUAUGACCGACGAAGAGAGAAAGGGGUUGCUGAAGCCAAUUGACCAGAGUGACUUGAGGUUCUCCAAUAUCCUCAUGACUUUCAUGGAUGAACAGGAAACCAAAGAGUUACACCAGAGACAGAAAGAAGAGGAAGAUGACAUGAUGGAGGAAGAAGAGGAGGAGGAUGAAGAGGAAGAUGAGAGUGAAGAUGAUGACGGAGGUGGAACUUCUUCAAGUGACAGAAGACAGACCAGUGAACUGACCAAGGAAAGAGAGCCCACGCCAGCCACCGAAGAGGAGAAAGCCAUGAUGAGGCAAGAGUUCCUGCGUCACAUGCACCUCCGAUUCCUCAGCGGCCAGGAACAGGACUUUGACUACUCGACCGUGGAUGGCAAUGCCGAGUACGACUCGCUCACACUCAGAACUCAGGAUGAGGAAGAGCAUUACUUUGAUGAGGAAGAGGCAGAAAUGUGGAGCGAGGAAGAGAGGACUGAUACUGAGCAGAGGGGUGCUUCCCACGAUUUUGAAGAAUGCCCAACAAAUGCUGAACACAGACCACACGACGCACCAGGAACUUCUUGUGAAAAAAAAUCCAGUGCACAGCCAAAGGAGACGUCAGACAUCAACACAAGCAUUGAACAAACCCAUGGUAUGCCAAGCUGAAGGAAUAGAAUUAUAUUGAGACAUUGCAUCAAAAAGUGGGGGCCUGUUUAUGUAUAUAUGUAUACAUGUAAUUAAAAAAAAUUGACUGCGCAUGCCCCAUAUGUCAAAUGUGCACAAACCUAGACGUACACACCUUGUAUCCUACCAGUGGGUUGCUGCUGCUAUGUAAGGCUUGUUCAUGUUGAGUGUAUUGAAAUAACUACACAAGCUGCCAAGAAUUUAUGACAAACGUUAGUAAGCUUUUUAAUAUUCAAAACCAGAGUAUGAAUCAAACAAAACCUGAUUUUAAAACUUUAUUAACAGCCUAAGCAUUCAUGUAUAUACAUGGCAGUACUAAACCAAUGUAGAAUGAUUCGAAGAAAAUUCCCCCAAAACUAUGACAUCUACAAAUAAUACAUGAAUAGGGUCGAUACGAAAACAUCAUGCAUCAGCAAAACAAGCUUUAGAAGGGUUACAAAUUGUACAACAGGAAAGCUAUUUAGAAAUUAACAUACAAAGAAAUAAUCAAAACAACAGAUUUAUUCAUUGUGUGGUGGAUAUGUCUAAUAAUUUGGUAUUGCGGCAAAUAAACAUACUAAUAGAUGAACAUUAUCAAGUACAAUAUUGUUUUACAGUCUACAUUGUACAUGUAGACAUACAUGCACUGUACGUGUACAUCCAACCUUAACAGUGACUAGUAGAAAAUAUGGGAUCUGUUACCACCUAAUGAGAGUAAAGUCGUAUUGCUCUUUCCUACAUGGUUUGAGGGUUCAAAGUUCAUAUUGAAGUGGAGGUCAAUUGUGGGGUUUUGUAGUAUUUGGAAAGAGUAUAUCAACCCGUCUCCUGUUUAAUUCCAAAUAUUUCGCAGGGUCACACAUUUAAAACUGUCAUUUUCUCAGCAACUUUGACAAUAGCAAUAUUCAUGCCUGGUCUGAAAUCUUGAAACUAUGUCGAGAACAAACACGAAAAGCUGCCAGAAUAAUACCACACUGUCACCGCAUACAUUUACCCUGUGUUCCAUGUACAGUAUGUACCACUGGAAAGCUCUUUUUCUGCUGAAUUAAAAUAUACCAAUAUCUUACUUUUUGAAAAAUUCCUCUUUCAGCUCAUUUUAUGGUGACAGGUCCCAUAUAUGAAGCACUCUCAAAUGUUUGUAAGAAUCAACUGUUUUGACAGGUAAUGCCAUAUUUGGGUGAAGGGUCAUCAUACAAUAAUAGGCCUCUACACUGAUGACACCAUACUGCACAUGUUAAUGGUGGUGCUUGGGAUACCAUCAAUAAGAUUUCCUUGUGGGGUAAUUUACUGUUACUCCACAAGAAUUUCACAAAACACAUAUUUGCUCAAACGGGAGAAUUUUCAAGUUUACAGAAGGGACACUUGGAUGAAAUUUCAACCCAGGAAAAUGAUUUCGGUUCAGAUGGGAAUAAUUUAAAGACUGCAAUUCACACACUAAUUGUUUUUAUAAGAUAAGAACAUUUUUUAGAUGUGUUUUUGCCUACGGUGCUCAGUGGACUGUGGGCCCUCACUGGCUCCAGGGGAAAGUGUACAUGUUAAAGUGUGACGUCAUCAGCACAUAGGCCUAUAGAAAAGUACAUUCACAACCACUAUUUCUGGCAAGUCUUUGAUGUACAUACGGAAGGUGAUUGUUUUAUACAUGUAUAAGUUGGUCGUAUGUACUCGCACAUGUUAUCAUUUGCUGGAAAUUGCACUUUCGAGCUUUGCUGUGGUUAAUCUCAUUCGGUAUUUUUAAAAAGGCAAGAAAAACAUGCAUUUAACAAAAGAAAGUAACCAUAUAUAACCCUGAAACAUGAUAAUAAAGUAUCCAUGACCAUCAAAUGUGUUCAAUAACAAAGACCAACUUGCAGUUCAAAACCCCUGUAGCGACAGCUAUUUCAAGUCAACUGACUGCGAAAGAGGUAGCAGAAAAUAUUUCAAAUUAAAUUACACACACAGACCACUGAGCUACAUAUAUAUUCUUGCACAUCAUUAGAACAUGACCUUAACCUUCCAGAUUCAGUGUUUGCUUGGUUACUUAGGAUGCGGUGAAAUAAGAUGGAAUGUUUCUUUGAGACAGGUGCUCAAAACGUAACCAUUGCUUUGUCUUGUCUGCAAAAGUGAAUGCUCAUUUCCUGGCUGUGCAGUUCAAGAUUGGGAGUAUGUGCUUAGCUUUACUAAUUUUCAAACAUUACACCGGAUCCACCUAAAAAACCUUGCUGUCUAUGGUAAGUAGUAUUUUAGCUACAAAUACUUACCACAACUAAGGUACAUGUAUGGAGUUAAUGGAUCCAAUAGAAAAAUGUUCUUGAA